CUGCACUUUGUGAAUGGCUCGGCAUCUUCUGGGACCUGUCAUGAACACAGUCUCUUGGUCAUCUACUGUACUGUCUGCUGUCUCUUGGUCAUCCCUGUACUGUCUGCAGUCUCUGGUCAUCCCCUGUACUGCCUGUAGUCUCUGGUCAUCCCCUGUACUGCCUGCAGUCUCUGGUCAUCCCUGUACUGUCUGCAGUCUUUGGUCAUCCCUGUACUGUCUGCAGUCUUAGGUCAUCCCUGUACUGUCUGCAGUCUCUUGGUCAUCCCCUGUACUGUCCGCAGUCUCUUGGUCAUCCCUGUACUGUCAGCAGUCUCUAGUCAUCCCUGUACUGUCUGCAGUCUCUGGUCAUCCCUGUACUGUCUGCAGUUUCUGGUCAUCCCU